AUGAUCGACCAUACAGCGAACGACACGCCUUACAAAUCUACAGCCACAGGCAAUGGGUAUACCAACUACACCGACUCUUUAGUGAGUGACGCGCCGAUCAAGUCGACGAGGGAUUUCAAGAUCUACAAGUCAGAUGGGGAUGGGUAUUUUGGACCUGAUGUGGAUGGGGGUCAGUUUCUACAUGUUGUCAAUUGCGAUAUCACGUUCAACCCCCGGAGUGAUGAUAACAAGCCGGUGAUGGCGGUGUGGGAUGCGACGCCAUUGUAUACCGGCUCGGACCCUGAGGGUAUUGUUGAGCCAGAUUGUGCAGAGUCGGAUGGGGAUGUCUGA